AUGAAGUUCACUCUUGCUAUUGCCCUCCUGGUGCUGGUUAUUUCUCACGGCGCUGAGUCUGCAUCAUUGGUGCAGCGUGAUGUGCCCGCCGAGAUUCAGAAGAUCACCAAGUUUCUCGAGGACAUAAGCAGCAUGUUCACCACCACCGUUACUGAACUGGUGGAGAAGAUCAAGGCCACUGACCUGACCAGCGAGGCUGAAGCUUACCUUCAGGAGGGCAAGGCUCAGGUGCAGCCACUGCUGGAGAAGGUCCAAAAGCAGCUGAAGCCCCUGACAGCCAACAUCGAGGAGAAGCUCAAGCCCCUGUCCGGGCCCAUCCUGUCCCAGAUCCAGCCUCUCGCUGCCUCCGUCGAGGCCCAGGUGGAGGAUCUCCUCAGGAAGGUGAUGGACCACACCAAGGCCCUGCUCCCUCCUCAGUAAAGCAACAGGCCUCUGCUGACUCCAA